ACAAUGAGGUGAAUAGAUUCAGUGUGUGUGUGUGUGUGUGUGUGUGAGUGAGAGAGCAAGAGAGUGCGUAAAAAGUGAAGCCUUUUGGUUCAAAGAACCUCCCUCUCUGUUUCUCUCUCUGAAAUCGUAAUCUGAGCAUCAAAUGUAGGAGAAGGAGAAGAAGACAAUCAGACCCAUAAUUACACCUCCUCCUCACGCGGUUAGGUUUCUUUGUGUCUUGAUUUGGGAGAUGAACAAAGAACGCCCUCCUGAGCCUCUUGAUUUCUUCAUUUGGACUGUCGAGGAUGUUGGUUUAUGGUUGGAAGAGAUAAAUUUGGGUAGUUACCGCCAAAUUUUCAAAGAAAAUGGUGUCAACGGAGAAUACUUGGAGGGGAUGUCCAUGUUCACAACUGAACAGAUACUUCGGUUUAUAAGACGGUGCCACAUGAAAUGGGGGGACUUCAUCACCCUGUGCAAGGAAUUGAGGCGAAUUAAAGUGGCUUGCUUGAAAGGGGAGCAAAAAGUCCGCCGGCCUUGGUGGGCUCCGUCUUGCCUAUCUGUAGUCUUUGUCAAGGCAGCCAAGCGCAACAGGCACGCACGAGUUGUUUCCUUGAAGCUGGAACCUUGACGAAACUUCCGGUAUUAUUAAUAUGUACUUAUUUUUAGGUUUCUUUUUUCUUUUUCUAGAGAAAAACAGGAAAAGUAGGAAAUAACUCUUUUUUUAUCUUAAAUUUGGCGAGGUCGUGGUUGUUGGAUGGUUCUCUUUUGGAGUAGUUUCUUCCGCUAUAUAUUUGUUUUUGUUGGCUUUAUAGUAGUAGCUUCUUCUGUAUCAGAUAUGUGGAAAAGAAUGAAACAAGAUAUGGCAAGAAAAUGAGAGUAGUGUUUCAGUUGUGAAGAAUCUCACUCCUCUUUAGCA